UAUUUACGUUUUCUCAUUUCUCCUUCUACAAGACUCAAACUGCUGUCAUUCAUCUAAAGCACUGGAUUAUUCUAACACCAUUACAGAAAGCCCUGCAGUUGCAAGUCAAGAGCAACAUGCAUACUAGAAGAAGAUCGUACCAUCUAUGGCCUAAAAUUUCGAAAGGGAAUAAAGAAGAAAAGAAAAGGAAAUGGGCUGCCUUAAAAGGUUUAUUCUUCGCCAUAAUAUCAGCCUUUUGUACAUUACUCAGUGCAAUUAUUGUGAAAAAAGUCAGUCUUCACCCUGUUCAGUCUGCAUUUUACAGAUUCGUCGGAUCACUUGCCCUAUCCAUUCCUGCGGUUGUAAAAAGCAAUGAAACUCCUGCUGGACCAAAAGGGUUUCGACUUAUUCUUCUAUUUGCUGGUAUAUUCGGUGCCGGAAGCAUGCUUUUUGCCUUCUUGGCCUACCGUUACCUACCACUUUAUGAAAUAUUUGUCAUAUUUGGAACUACCCCUAUCUUCGUGACUGUUGCAGCGCAUUUGUUCCUCAAGGAAUAUUGUGAUAUCUUUCAUUCCGUUCUCUUGAUUUUUUCUGUCAUAGGAAUCGUUUUUUCAAGCAAACUACCAUCCCACAUCAUUGCAAAAGACAUAACUUACAGCACAGAUAAUAUUUAUGGUUUCCUAGCAGCAAUUGCGGCAGUUCUUUGCAGAACUGGUCAAAUGAUCUUCAUCAAGAAAGCUAAAGAAGUGCCACAUUCUAUAGCCAUAUUUGCUUGUUGUUGGACAGGCGUAAUAGAAUCUUCAAUGCUGAUGCCAGCUUUUACCGAAAUGAAAUUGCACAGAUGUGGAUUAGAGUGGAUAAAUAUUGUGUUAAUAGGUUUUCUCAGUUUUUUUGACCAAGCGUUCAUGACGAUAGCCCUCCAAUGCGAAUUUGUUAGUUUAGUUGCUACUGUCAGAUGCGCAAUCAAUAUCACAAUGGGAUUUUUAAUUGAGGCUUUCCUUUUUCAUGAUGAAAUUGAUUACUUCGUCAUUAUUGGUGCAGUUCUAGUUGUAUCAUCUAUUGUUUCAUUAGGUCUGAGGAAAUGGAUGUCUUCUACUUGAGUUAAAAUUAAUACAUUGAACUCUAAAUUACAUCCGGGAAUGAUAUGUCCCGUGAUAAAGAUUGUAACCAACGAAACGAAACUUAAAUGUGUUCAAGCUCAAUUGCAGAAUUAAAAAUUUUCUUUGUAAUUAUAUUUAUAUUAUAUAUAUACAUGGCGUAAAAGUCAUUAUUAAGAAUUAUCUAAUGAAAUCUAAAGCUAUGUUUAGCUACUAUUCAACUUUGGACAGUAUCAACUCCUAUCCUACUCUUUGGAUAAAUCCAACUUUGUCGUCCAGUAACUCAACUCUUCCAAUGACUCUUUUUAUGUGUACGAAUAAAAGUAAGCAUGAAUAACAAUUAGUUGUGGUAUCGUAAACUUGACGUUUUAUUUACAUUUUUUUAUGCUGGAGUGUUGAAAUAAGCUGAGAUCUGCAAAUUGUGCUAUAUAAGCUUGAAUUUUAUUACAAAGAGAACCGAAAGGGGAGUGUCCGGGAAUAUAUAGAGAAGAUACCACUGCCAGAAAAUGAAGGUUAGAGAUGGAGAAUUGAAAGAAAUUCGGAGAGGCAAAAUAAAGAGAAUAAAAAUUAGUUAUAAGAUUGAUAAUAUCACAUUUUGUUUACAUUUCUCUGCUAGAUUAGGGUAAACUGAAAUUUGUUGAUCUAUAAUACUCUGAAUUCAUUUGGAAAUUUUUGCAAGUAUUUUCUUUCGACAUUAUUUUUAUUUUGUUUUUCAUGUUGUAUUUUAUCUGUAAUUGGAUCACUGUUAGUUUUAAUCUGGUUUUAGUGAUUAGUUUUGACUUGAGUAUCUAUAAAUAUUAUGGAUAAAACGGAUACAGAUGGGUAAUCUCUAUAGCUUGCAUAUGGAAAUUGACCUACCUACUUUUCAAAGCAGUAAUGGUAUUUCUAUUAUCUUAAAACUUAAAAAAAAAUCUUUUUAAUUGUAUCAAUUUUCGUACAAUUUUUCCUUAAUUUUAAUAAUAUUUUUUUUUUAUUUUAUUUUAUACACAAUCCGUAACAAUGUUUUUAAACGUUAUGAUGGAAUUCAAAUUGACCCGGGAUUAUCAACUCUGUUUUUAUUUCGUGUAUACUUUUUUUAAAUUUUUGGUGAAUGAUAUCCACGUCUUUCAGCUGUGUUAAAUAACAAACUUUAAAAAAAAUGCAUCCCAUAUUAAUCAUUAACCCAUUUAGAAAAUGAAUAAUAUGCCGAACAAGCUGGUCUUCAAAAGCGGCUAGUUUUUUUUAAAAAAUUUUUUAAUACUUUUCUAAAGUUCUCAUGCUCUUUUACUACAUUCUCUUUAGUUAAUCUGUUAGAAUCUUGUCCAAUAUGCAAAAUAAUAACACCUGAUCUACAUGGGCAUAUAUUCGAGUAUAAUGGAUUAAGAAUAAGAUACGAUGAUGUUGCUCUACAAAAUUGCCGAAUCAAAUAUUUUGUAAAUAUAUGUAUACAUUAAAAAAAAAAAUUGUAAAUUUGUAAUUCAUGCACAUAAGCAUAUUCACAUCAGUCAAAGGAGUACGUUUACUGGUUACAAACUAUUGAUGGUAAUAUAGUCUUUUAUAACUCAUGAAAAUAUUUCUGUUGUAACUGAAUUCUAACAAGGGAUUCUGCAUUUUAAAUACUUUCCUUAAACAGAAAACCUUUGUCUGCUCUAAGUGGGAAAGCAACUGUCGACUUAGAAA